CCGCGGCCAUGGCGGCGCUUGGGCGGCUAUGCAGCAUCACCCGGAGCGUGGAGUGGGCCGUCUCGGCCGAGUCGUCUGUCACAGCCAGGACGCCAGUGCGCGUCGUUUCCCCCAUGUCCCUCGAGCUGCCCUUCUCGCCGGGGCAGGUUGCAGAGCUGCCGGGCAAGAACCCGUGGGAGCAGAUCUGCGAGGAAUAUGAAGCUGAGCUGCCUGCCUUUCCAGAAGGAUAUAAAGUCAACCAAGAAGCUGUGACUACUGUGGCACCAUUGGAGGAAAUGGCUUUCCAUGGCUUCAAUGCAGAACACAUUUAUUCAGUCCCUCGUUUAGCCAAGGUCUCAGAAGUACCCUGUUCUCAACCUACACUGGAAACAAUCAAUCCAAAAACAUGUUCCCCUAAAGAAUAUUUGGAAACGUUCAUCUUUCCAGUUCUGCUUCCCGGAAUAGCUAGGCUGCUUCAGGAAGCAAAGAAAGAAAAAUGUUUUGAGAGGAAAAGAACCAGAUUCGUUGCCUGUGACUUUCUGACCGAAUGGUUAUACAAUCAGAAUCCAAAGAAGAUAGGGGAGCCAUUCACAGAAUUAUUCUCCAUUCCAUUUGUGGAAGAGUGGCUGAAGGAUCACCCACGGCCGGCAAUCCCACUCUCCCUCCUGCUGACAGAAGAAGCAGCCGCGCUCUACAUCCAGUCCUUCUGGAGAGCAUAUCUGGAGUUGUUGGGACGGAGCAGGCUUCUCUGUGACGGGGGUGGCUGAGGAGCUAGAUUCUCAACAACCAUCUUGCCACUGUGUGAGGAGCCGCUGGAGAAGUGACCGCAGGGCCGCGCGGAGCUGAGACCAGGGGAGGAGCGCCUGGAUUCAGCUGUACCGGUGGAUCCUCUUCAGGAUGGAUUUCUGUCACAGCUAGAGUCCUGAUAAUCCCAAUUUUCAAUAUAAAAAUUUCUAGACUGUUGAUGACUUGCACAUGAAGGAGGUUAUUAGUACAAAAUAAAAAUCUGGGUCCACGCAGGCAGAGCAACCAUCCCAAUUUGUCCUAGGGAAAGACUGGCCUAUAUCAGCUAGAGGCUUGGUUGGAGAGAGGAAGCUUACCCGAAGAAACGAAUUUUUCUAAAACCUGUUUCUUUUUUUAUUGUUCAAUUAAUACAUUACUAUUGUGGGAAAAAGAUAAUACAUAAAAGUUUUU